AUGUCCUCCAGAACCCUAUCCACGCGGCUCAUGCGCCGAUUGGCAUCCCCCAGCAUUCUCCUCCCAUCCAGCCCAGCUCGGACUGUGACCACACCCCUCCAGCAGCGCCGCCAUAACUCCCACAGCCAUCUAUACUCGGAGCUCCCACAGCGACAUAUCCCCCUAAUAUACGAUGACCUAGCACCCCUCAACGCCCACCGCCUGAGUGUCUCUCUACGUUCCUUCCUCCCAGCCGGCUGGGUCGACGAGUCGAAGACGCUUCCAGAUAAAAGCCCAGAAAAGGACCUUCCCCCGCCCUACCACCUCGUCUACUUCAACCCGACCAUCUCCUCGGAAGAGCUCUUACCCGAUGGCACGGACCCGCUGCAAUCGCCUGGGCCGCCAUUCGUGAGGCGCAUGUGGGCUGGUGGUUACCUCCGCUUCAACUUGAAUCCCGAAGUCGAUGGCCUGAAGCUCGAUGGCGAGCGCUAUGUGUGCAUGGAGGGCAUCAGGAACGUGCAGAUUAAGGGCAAGGAGGGGGACGAGAAGGUAUUUGUGGGCAUCGAGAGACGCAUGGCGCCGGUCAGUCAAUCGGACAACGAAGACAGCAUCAGGGAAAGGCUAUGGAGGGAUCAGGAGGAGGACUUUGGCGAAGCUGCGUUGAUCGAAAGGCGGAACAUCGUUUUCAUGCGAGAAAGAACACCGGAGCAGCUGAAGGCGGCGGCAGCUGCCAGUAGAGCUGGUGAGAAGAUGCUAAAGCCACAACACCCCCCCUCCUUCACGCACACAUUGCACCCCACGCCCUCCCUCCUCUUCCGCUAUAGCGCCCUAACCUUCAACGCGCACUCCAUACACCUAGACCCCCACUACUGCCGCACCAUCGAAGGCCACCGUAACCUCCUCGUACACGGACCGCUAUCCUUCACCCUCCUCGUCACCAUGCUACAGCAGCAUCUCCAAUCCCAAUCCCAGAACCGGGAAGAUGGAGGAAGCGGUCUCCGCAUCCACUCCGUUGACUACCGCAACCUUGCACCACUUUAUGCGGAGGAACCGCUCAAGCUGUGCGGACGUGAAGUUGAGCCCGGGAAGUAUGAGAUUUGGGCUGAGACCCCUGAAGGUGGUGUUGCUGUGCGGGGCAUUGCGAAGACGGAUGUUCCGGCAGCUUAG